AUGCAGGCGUUUGCGGAGGAAGUCAAAAGCGAUGGAUUCCGGCAUGUUGUGCUACUGGGGAUGGGCGGCAGCAGCCUCGGCGCAUUGGCGCUCAGUGAUCUCUUUGGAAGCGCUGACGGCUACCCUGACCUCACUGUGCUUGACACCACCGUGCCCGCCACAAUCAGCGCCAUAUCAGAUUCACUGGACUGCGAAAAGACCCUCUUUAUUGUGGCGUCCAAGUCCGGAACGACGAUCGAGCCUAAUGUACUGUACAAGCAUUUCAGGGCACUUGUUGAGCGGGAGAUAGAGGGCGCGGACACGGGCAAUCAUUUCGUGGCGAUAUGCGACGCAGGCACUUCACUUGAACGACUAGCCAGGGAAGACGGUUUUCGUCGAGUCUUUACUAAUCCGCCAGAUUUGGGAGGGCGGUAUUCUGUGCAGUCGCUUUUCGGCUUGGUGCCUGCAGCUCUGCUUGGGAUUGACGUUGGCAAACUCCUGGAUUCCGUGGAGACCAUGAGCACUUUAUGCGGCGCAACCGUCCCAGCGAACGAUAACCCUGCUGUUUGGCUUGGUGCCUUGAUAGCGUCUUUGGUGGAACAAGGCCGCGACAAACUGACAAUCGUGACUACCGAAUCACUCCAGAAUUUCGCUCUCUGGGUCGAGCAACUGCUAGCAGAGAGCACAGAAGAGGAUGACACUGAUGCAACAGAUAGAUACAUGAAAGUUGUGGAGGAGGCGGGUAUACCGGUCGUCAGGUUUGAUCUCACUGGCAGACACAAUAUUGGCGCUGAAUUCUUCCGGUGGGAAUUUGCCACCGCAGUCGCCGGAAGUUUAAUGGGCAUUCAUCCGUUCGACCAGCCGAAUGUCCAGCAGGCCAAAGACAAGACUACAGAGUUGCUUGCGGAUUACGAGAAUUCAGGGCGAGCACCUGCGCUCAAUGCCGUGAGUUCGCUUACGGAACUGAUGUCACAUGUAAAAAAGGGGGACUACUUAGCGAUUACGGCCUUUGCUGAACCAACGGCGCAGGUGGAAUUGGCUUUGGCCGAUCUGCGGCAAAAUGUCACGGGCAAGUGGGGUGUUGCCACAACUCUCGGCUAUGGCCCGCGUUAUUUGCACUCGACAGGCCAACUUCAUAAAGGUGGAGCGGACUCCGGGCUGUCCUUACAGCUUACGCAAAUAGAAAAUGCCGAUGUUACAAUACCGGGUGAGAAGUUUACUUUUGGAGUAUUGGCAGCGGCACAGGCUAAAGGCGACCUGGAUGCACUAGCCGCUCAGGGACGCCAUGUUGCUCGAAUUAAUCUUGGUGCUGACGCGGUACAGACGGUAAAAACGUUAGCCAAUAGCCUCAAAUAA